AUGACAGAAGUCACUGUCGGCGCUUACGAAGACGACGCGGUUAGUAUCGAGCCAGCGAACAAAGGUGGCGCCUUAGGAUGGUUUUCCGCCGUCGCAGAAUGCGAGCUCCCAUUCUUCGCUCGAUCGGCUGCUGGCGAUCUUGGCGACGGAGCAGAUUCUUCUCCUUGA